AUGGCAACUUCAUCCACAAUACAACCAACCGCUUGCACAGACGUCUAUGCAAGCGGUCUCUCGGUCUGUCCUACCCGGGGCCCCAAACACACCUUCACCGGCGCCCACCAGCAUCACACCUACCGGCCGACCGGCCAGUCGUCAGCAGUCCUCACACUCGUGCACCGGCCGGUGGCUAUGCGUUGUCACUCGGAGUACCGUCCUCCAGUCGCCAGCAACCAUUCGUCGUCGUCACCGCCGCCGCCGCCGUUGCCGACGACGCUUGCCCACACCCUCUUCUCCACCUCCGCCAGCCUCCGCUAG